AUGAAGACAAUUAUCUCGCGCUUGAUCCAUUCCACUCCAUCCUCCAUCUCUAAACUCAAUGCAUUUGCUGUGUCAAUUAACGGGAGAAAUUUCUCUACGGACUCUACGAAGAUUGAUGAGCCCUUUAAAGUUGAGGAGGCUGGGACUAUAAAUGUACCCCCACCUCAACCCCCAACGGAGAAGUUGCUUGUGUUGGGAGGCAAUGGUUUUGUUGGAUCUCAUGUUUGUAGAGAAGCCUUAAAUCAUGGUGUGCCUGUUGCGAGCAUUAGCAGGUCUGGCAGGUCAUCCCUGAACGAUGCCUGGGCUAGCAAUGUCAUAUGGUAUAAAGGGAAUCUCCUUUCAACUGAGUCAUUGAAAGAGGCUUUAAAUGGGGUCACUACUGUUAUCUCAUGUGUUGGUGGUUUUGGCUCCAAUGCAACCAUGUACAAAAUUAAUGGAACUGCUAACAUCAAUGCAAUUAGAGCAGCUUCUGAUCAAGGUAUUAAAAGAUUUGUCUAUAUCUCUGCUGCCGACUUUGGUGUAGUAAAUUACUUGCUGCAGGGGUAUUAUGAAGGAAAGAGAGCCGCUGAAACAGAGCUUCUGACGAGAUUUCCGUAUGGAGGAAUAAUUCUGAGGCCAGGGUUUAUUUAUGGGACUCGAAGUGUUGGGAGUAUGAACAUACCUCUUGGCAUAGUUGGAUCACCGUUGGAGAUGGUUUUUCAACAUACUAGAGCAUUGACUCAGAUCCCACUUGUUGGGCCUCUAUUGACACCUCCUGUCAAUGUUACUGCGGUGGCUAAAGUUGCUGUUAGAGCUGCAAUUGAUCCUGUUUUUCCGCCUGGGGUCAUAGAUGUCUAUGGAAUUCAACGUUACAGUCAGAAUAAAUCCAAGUAG